ACGGCAAAACAAUAAUUCAAUUAUUAUUUUUAAGUAUAGAGUUUUGUUUGUGUAUUUGUGUUGAAUUGAAUUGUAAAAAUAAAUAAUAGAUUCAGUUCUUGUACUUAAAAGUGAAUAUGGCAGAAAUACUCGCAUGUCGCGUGUGUCUCGCGACGGAUGUGAAACUUUUUGAUAUUUAUUCAAAUAAACUGAUUUCAUCGUACGAAACUGUCACAGGAAUACAGGUCAAGACUACAGAUAGAUUACCGAAAAAGAUGUGCAGUUACUGCAGCGUGAUGACGAUCAAGACUGCCGCUUUCAAGGAGCGCUGCGUUAACACCAACGAGCUUCUCGGCUACCUAGCCGAGACUGAGCUGAUCACCACAGACUUCCUCCGUCGCAUGGACCGCACCGACCACCAGCCGUCACCCCCCUUCACAAUAGAGAGGUUAUCGUUGAUGUCCAAUGAGAUCAAUGAAAUAAAAGAGGAGGAGAUUGAUUUUCAUGAUUUGGACGUCGACGCAAUUGGAAACGAUAUAAAAAGCGAAGCGAGCGACGAAGAGCCGCUGUCGAGCAAAAUUAAAAAAAAUAACAAACCAGAGACAGUAGAGGAGUUGGCGCCGGAGAUAGAUUUGUUGUUCCUGAGCAAAAUGGAACAGAUGAACGAACUGAGAGAGAGAAUGAACACGCACAAUUAUUUGAAUUCGUUGUACAAAUGCGAAUUGUGUUAUAAAGGUUUCAUGACGGAUGUGACGUUCAAAAAUCACAUGUUAAGACAUGAUCCGAAAGCUGGCAAGCACCGAUGCGAAGUGUGCAGCAUUUACUGCACAAGCCUUCGCACGCUGAAGAGUCACACGACAGCCUCGCACGAGAGGAAGUAUAUAUGUAAACUGUGCAAUUAUAUCACUAAAUCCGGGAGCCGAGCCCGCGAACAUUCAAGAUGGCAUCUCGGACACACGUACGUGUGUCAGCUGUGUGGCGCCAAUUUUGCCAAAUCCACCAGCUACUUCACCCACGUGCGGCUGUCGCACCCGUCCCGCCACAGCUGCGCGCUGUGCGGCGAGUCGUUCGUCGGCGCGAACGGGCUCAACAUGCACGUGAAGAAGACGCACGCGCUGCAGGACAGAGGCGCCCUCACACGGAACUGCAAUACAUGUGAUACAAAAUUCAACAACGAUGAAGCUCUCAGAAGACACAGUGAGCUUAAAGACUGCGAUGUUAAUAAAAGAUCUUGUUCACAAUGCGGUGAAAGUUUUAAUACGAAUGAAAAAUUGAAUGAACACAUCAAAAUGGCGCACGAGGCCACUAAAUGUGAGGAGUGCGACAAAACAUUCACGAGCGAACGCUCGUACGCUAUCCACCAUCAGCGCAUACACCUGGGUGUUCGCGUGAAACGGCACAACAGACGGACGGACAGCGGGAAGGUGGUGUGCGAGAGAUGCGGCAUUUCUUGUCACUCGAAAGCCAAUCUGAUGUAUCACCAAAGAACUCACACCGGCGAGAGGCCUUACCUCUGCAAAUUGUGUCCGAAGAAAUUCGCCAAUCUACAGCUGUUGCAGAUACACAUACGCACACACACCGGCGAGAGGCCGUACAAGUGCGAGGUGUGCGCCAAGGGCUUCAUACACAAGGCUGGUCUCAACAGGCACGUGAGGGUCCACACCGGAGAAAAGCCGUACGUGUGUCCCCACUGCGAGAAAGCAUUCUCUCAGUCCAAUUCUAUGAAGCUUCACGUAAACACAGUUCAUCUGAAAAUGCCCGCCCCGUAUCGGGGGAGGAAGAAAGAAUUUGUAUAGAUAGAUAUGUAGGAAGUAUAGUUAUAAAAGUUAUUUAUUCCUACAGAAGGAAGAAGGAGGAAAGAGGAGAGAAAUAAUCAGUUUUAAAAUAAUUAUAUUAUGAACAUAAUAAUUGAGAAGCUUUUACAAAUAAAAAUUAUUUUUGACAUAAAACUCUAACAACACCAUGGCAACCGUUGCUAUGGGCGUUUAGCAAGAAGGUUGCCUACAGAUAUAUAGAUAAAUAAAAGAUUUAUUUAUUACUAGCUGUGCCCGCGACUUCGUUACCGUGGAAUAGUUGUUUUGGGCCGUCAUUGAAGCCGUCAAGGAUGAAUUUUUUGUAUUGUGAAAUUUACCCCGUUUAAUUUCACAUUUUCCAUUAUUUCUUCGCUCCUAAUAGUUGCAGCGUGAUGUUGUAUAGCCUAAAGCCUUCCUCGAUAAAUGGUCUAUUCAACGCAAAUAAUUUUUCAAUUCGAAUCAGUAGUUAGUGAGAUUAGCGCGUUCAAACAAACAAACAAACUCUUCAGCUUUAUUAACGUUAUACAGAUUAACAAAUUUUCAGUAUAGAUUUGUUGGACACAUGCAUAAAUAACAGUAAUAAACAAUGUGAAUUUGCAAUGUGCAUGUGUGUACAAUGAUGGACAAUGAAAAGGUCCUGACUCAGCGUAAUGUCGCAGGUUGCAUUUUAUAGUAAAAGUGUUAAAUAAUAAUUUAUAUAUUCAUAGAUAUUAAUAAUUGAUAUAAUUGCUCAGUUAAUAAAUGGAUCUAUUAA